AUAAAACUUUUUUUUAAACUAUUAUAAUUUAUGGUGUAAACGUGUAUUAAUUAAAAAUUUGACAGGUCUCUGUUGUUCAUUAAACUUCGUAAUUGAAUAAUUACCCCUCUUUAUAUUAAACUUAAAUAAAAGUUAUUAAACAUAUUAAUUGGAAAUGUUAGCAAAAGAUGAGAGUAAAAUUAAACAAUGUCUUGUAAGGUAUCAAAACCCAGACGUAACUCGUCGAGAAAUAUUGAGUGUAUUAAAUCAUUACAAUGGAUUAGCUGCCCAUUUAGAACCAUACGUCUUCAAUGAUGGAACGAAAAUGGACUUAGUAAAUUUAGCUGGUACAAUUCCGGUGAUGUACAAAGGUGCAUCGUAUAACAUUCCUGUUUGUAUAUGGUUAGUUAAUACGCAUCCAUUUAAUCCGCCAAUUUGUUACGUAAAACCUACAGCAGAUAUGCAGAUUAAAAUAUCAAGAUACGUGGAUUAUAAUGGAAAAAUUUAUUUACCAUAUUUACACGAUUGGACACCAAAUGCUUCAGAUUUAUUAAGUUUAAUUCAAGUCAUGAUUGUGACUUUUGGUGAGCAACCUCCUGUAUAUGCUAAGUCACGCAAUGAGCCUUCAAGUAUGCCGCCUUAUCCAGCAACAUCGUAUAUGCCGAUGCCUCCAACAUCUACAUCGUCUUAUUUGCCAUAUCCUCCUAGUGGAGGAUACAAUCCACCAACAACAUCUUAUGGUGGCUCUGGACCAUAUCCUCCAUACCCAACACAGCCGCCAGCAAAUACAAACUUUCCAUCUUAUUCAAUGUAUGGCAAUGCGUACCCUUCACAUUACCCAAGUUAUCCCGCUGGCCAGUCACCACCAUUAUCUGGAAACGCAACGACUGGAACUGGAACUAUCACUGAAGAACAUAUACGAGCAUCAUUGCUUUCUGCAGUUGAAGAUAAAUUAAAACGACGUUUAAGGGAACAAUUUAUGCAAAAUCAAGCAGAAUUAGAUACUUUGCGGCGUACUCAACAAGAAUUGACACAAGGAAAAGCGAAAUUAGAAGAUAUUUUACAACGUUUGGAUACAGAACAGGCUGAAUUGGAUAAAAAUCUUCAAAUUCUUCAAGAGAAAGAAAAAGAAUUAGAAACAGCUAUUGAAAAAAUUAGUACUGAAGAAUUUAAUGUUGAAGAUGCUGUAACUACUACUACUCCGUUAUAUAAACAGUUGUUGAAUGCAUUCGCCGAAGAAGCGGCAACAGAGGAUGCAAUUUACUAUAUGGAUGAAGCAUUACGUCGUGGUGUCAUUGAUUUGGAUGUUUUCUUAAAACAAGUUAGAACAUUAUCGCACAAACAAUUCAUGUUAAGAGCAUUAAUGCAAAAAUGUCGGCAAAAAGCAGGUCUUGCUGGUUAGAGGAUUGUUUUCAAAGGAUGAUGAUAUAAAUACAUAUUUUUAAUUUCUAAUGAUGAUAAAUAAAAAUACAAAUA